GUGUUCAAUCUUGGGUUGAGAUGUCAUUUUGGCGCCUAAUAUUCUAACUAUAUUGUCCCUGUGCAGCGCGGGAUCUGGUGUUUACGUGUGUGCAUGUUCCAGCUGUGCUCUAAGUAACCUGUUAGUCUUACUUUAGUGUCAGGUGUUGGAAUAACUUGAAGACAGAAUGCAGCGGAGCAUCGCAUCCUUCUUCCAGCCUAAAGGCAAGGAGAGCCAGAAGAAAACCAAGGAGGAGGCUGUGAAGAAAACGGUCAAAAGCCCUCUGAAGGUGCAGAACGGCGUCCAUGAGGCCGAUUCUCCAGUCAAGAAGGUGGCCAAACGCAGCCGUCAGAUCGUGGACAGCGACGAGGACGAGGUCGAGGCGCCGGCAGUGAAAGAACAAGUCGCCACGAAGGGAGAAAAAGACACGGCUGUGAAAACUGAGAAGAAGGACGAUGUGUUCAAGGCUGUUCCCACCCCGCUGUCUCCUCCUCCUGCCCAAGCAACCCCCAAGACCCCUGCCACUCCUGCCACUCCUGCCACCCCUGCCACCCCUGCCUCCUCAGCCUCCCCCGGGACCCCCUGCACCCCAAACUCCAUCUCACCCACUGGGAUCACAAAACGUAAAACAGCGAGGAAGAUGUUCCCCAAGAGGAAGCUUGACGAGAGCCGGAGAGAGAGUCAGAAGGACGAGUCCGAGGUCAAGGAGGAGCAGGGUCAGCAAAACAAGCGUCCCCGUGUGGACAGCGGUGGCGGCAGUGCAGGGAACGCCGAUGAACCCAUGGAGGAGGGAGCAAAGGAAGAAGAAGUUAAAACAGCGGUGACAGAGGCUAACAGCCCAGAUGAGGAGAAGGGGAAGAAGAAGAAGAAAAAAGAGGAAGAAGAGAAGGCCGAGGAGGAGGAGCGGGCCGAGAGACAGAGCUCUGAUGAGGGAGCAAAGAAAGCCGGGGGGGCGGUGAAGAAAAACGAGGCAAAGGAGAAGACAGAUGAUGAGAGCGGGCCCACCGACGUCAAGGAGGAGGUGGUCGAAAAGGACACGCCAGGAGGAGAAGAGAGCCCCAAAAGUCAAACUGCGAAAAAACAGAAAGAGGCAAAAGAGCAGAGAGAUAAGGAGCCGAGCAAAAAAGCUCCCAUCAGCAGUUUCUUUGCUCCGAGAAAAGCGGCGGCAAAGACGGAGAAACCUGAGAAGGAUGAAGGAGAGAAGAAGACGAGUGCAGAGAGGAAGACUUCGACGGAGGAGAGCAAAGAGACAAAAGGUGAGUCAGCCUCAGGACCAACCGACUACGAUCCAUCCAGGUCCAACUACCACCCUGUGGACCACGCCUGUUGGAAGCAGGGCCAGAAAGUACCAUACUUGGCGGUGGCGCGCACCUUCGAGAAGAUUGAGGAGGACUCUGGCAGACUGAGAAACAUUGAGACGCUGUCGAACCUGCUCCGCUCCGUGCUGCUGCUCUCUCCAGAUGACCUGCUGUGCUGUGUGUACCUGUGUCUGAACCAGCUGGGUCCUGCCCACUUGGGGAUGGAGCUUGGUGUUGGAGAGACGGUGCUAAUGAAAGCUGUUGCUCAAGCGACUGGACGACAAUUGGACAAAAUCAAGGCGGAGGCGCAGGAGAGAGGAGAUCUGGGCCUUGUGGCCGAGAGUUCCCGUAGCAACCAGCGCAUGAUGUUCCAACCGGCCAGUCUGACAGCAGGGGGCGUGUUCAGGAAAUUGAAGGAAAUUGCCAGCAUGAGUGGGAACUCGGCCAUGAAUAAGAAAAUCGACAUCAUCAAAGGCCUCUUUGUGGCGUGCCGCUUUUCCGAGGCUCGCUACAUCGUCAGGUCCCUGGCUGGAAAGCUGAGGAUCGGACUGGCUGAGCAGAGCAUCCUCUCAGCUCUAAGCCAGGCUGUGUGCCUGACCCCUCCUGGACAAGAUUUCCCCCCUGCUGUGAUCGACGCUGGGAAAGGGAUGAGCACCGAGAGCAAGCGGGCCUGGAUCGAAGAGAAGAGUCUCAUUCUCAAACAGACUUACUGCGAGAUGCCCAAUUACGACGUCAUUAUCCCCGUUCUUCUGAAAGAGGGCAUAGACGAGCUGCCCAAUCGCUGCAAGCUCACUCCAGGAGUCCCGCUGAGACCCAUGUUGGCUCACCCCACGAAGGGUGUCGGCGAGGUGAUGAAGAAGUUUGACGAGGCGGCGUUCACCUGCGAGUACAAAUACGACGGGGAGCGUGCACAGAUCCACAUCCUGGAGAAUGGCGAGGUGCGAAUAUUCAGCCGCAACCAGGAAGACAACACCACCAAAUACCCCGAUAUCAUCGCUCGCGUCCCCAAGGUGAAGGAGGACUCGGUGGUGUCCUGCGUCCUGGAUGCCGAGGCCGUGGCCUGGGAUCGCGAGAAGAAGCAGAUCCAGCCCUUCCAGGUCCUCACCACGCGGAAGAGAAAGGACGUGGAUGCCUCGGAGAUCAAAGUCCAAGUGUGUGUGUACGCUUUUGACCUCCUCUACCUGAACGGCGAGUCCUUGGUGCGACAGCCAUUGUGUCAGCGUCGGGCUCUGCUGAGAGAAAGCUUCUCGGAGGUGGAGGGAGAGUUUGUGUUCGCCAAAUACAUCGACUCCGACAACACAGAGACCAUCGCAGAGUUCCUGGAGCAGUCAGUCCGAGACUCCUGCGAGGGCCUAAUGGUGAAGACUCUGGAGAAGGACGCCACCUAUGAAAUUGCGAAGCGCUCUCAUAACUGGCUGAAGCUGAAGAAGGACUACCUGGAGGGCGUGGGCGACACCGUGGACCUGUGUGUGAUCGGAGCCUACCUGGGGAAAGGCAAGAGGACGGGUACUUACGGGGGCUUCCUCCUGGCCUGCUACGACGAGGAGAACGAGGAGUUCCAGUCUGUCUGCAAGAUCGGGACAGGCUUCAAGGAUGAAGAUCUGGAGCAGCAUUACAAGUUCUUAAAGGAGCACAUUCUGCCCAAACCCCGCGCCUACUACCGCAUCGACCUGUCAGCGGAGCCCGACGUGUGGCUGGACGCCGUGCAGGUUUGGGAGGUGAAGUGCGCCGACUUGUCGCUGUCGCCCAUCUACAAGGCUGCCAUGGGAUUGGUGGAUCCAGUCAAAGGAAUUUCUCUGAGGUUCCCUCGCUUCCUCCGCAUCAGAGACGACAAGAAGCCCGAGGACGCCACGUCUGCAGCUCAGAUUGCUGAUUUGUACAAGAAGCAGCAGCAGAUCCAGAACCAGGGGGAGAAGGCUGACCCGGAGGACUACUACUGAUCACCUGAGGAGAUUAAUGAUUCGUGAGAAUUACAGAAUAAUUGUAAAUAACUUUUUUUGGGGGUUGUACUGUUGAAUGAAAAUAAAGGCUCUUGCCAGUUUUAGGCAUUUUCUCA